AUGUUUCCUGAAAAGAGAGAUCUCUCGUAUUUCCUCCCCUUCGGCCCCGCACCGAGCCUGAGCACGCUACCGUCGGACGCGGGAUUCGGCGGGAGCCGCGAAGCCGGCGUUACAACCGGCGUUGCCGCCGGUGGUGUUGCCGGCGCAGGCACGAGCUACGGCUUCAGCGGUGCCGGCCCGGCGGGGUUUAACACGGAUGCGGCGAACACAGCGGCGUCGCGGCUGUACGCGACGGGAGUGGCGAGUGGCGAGACGUUAGCCGACGCGAUAAUCGACAUUCGCAGGGAGCUGAGUCUCAGCGAUGGUAACCCUCGGCUCGCGAAAGGCCUCGCUGAAUUCUUCGACGAGAUUCUCUCCGAGGAGGAAUCUCAGGAGUUUUUCUUCUUCACGCUGCCCGGAAUGGCCUCGCUCGCUCUCCGUCUCCCGAGCCUCGUCUCCCAGCAGGCUCGGAGCGUGGCUCGGGCAGCCCAAGCCGCAGCGCAAUCCGGCAGCAGCGGGGGGAGCGGAAGCGGCGGAAGCGGAAGCGGAAGCGGGAGCGGGGGGAGUGAGAAGUGGCGGAGGGGGACGCAGAUGACGCUGCAGCUGCUGAGGCCCGCAGCAGCCGGGGCUUGUGCUUAUAACGCAGGAGCUUGCUGCGGCGCUAUUGGUGGGCGCGUUCUUCUGCGUGUAUCCCACGGCCGGGCGCGCGCAGGAGAGACUACCAGAGAUCAACUUCGACCGCCUCUAUGGAAUCCCAUCGUUCCCCUCCCCAUUCCCGUCCUUUCCGAACCUCUCAGCGGCAUAUACGAGGGCUCGCCGCAACAACAAGAGAAGCUGCGCUGCCUGCUGCACUACUUCCGCCGAGUCGUCUCCUCCAUGCCUCAGGGCGCCGUCUCCUACGAGCGCAAGGUGCUGCCGCUCACUGCUGUCACACCCGCCACUGUCACACCCGCUGCUGCCGCCCCGCCGACCCUCCACCCGUUCAACACCCCCGGUACUGACACACCAGGCCACCUAAAGCAACAGCAGCAGCAGCAGCAGCAGGAUGUAUUGGGUUGGGGUGGGGAGGCAGGGGAGGGUGGAGGGCGGGGAAGUGGGACCAUGAGACAAGGCGGAGGUAGUUCGCCGCCCGGAAGCGGUGGGAGUGGUGGGCAGGGUGGGCGGCACGGUAGCGGUAAUGGCGGCAGUAAGGGCAGUGGUCCGACAACUGGCUCGGAUCCGAGCCUGGGAGGGUCGUGGGGGAAGGGCGGGGAAGGAGGGGGGUUGCGGAGUGGAGGGAGCACCAGGAGCUUCGGGGGGAGCUGGGGGACGCUUCCCCCUCCCCCUGGCGCGGACUUCUGGGGGACAAGGCGGAUUCCGCUCUGCGCCCUGGUGGUGCCCAUGCACCACCAGGUGCACGAGCGCGGCACAAUAGAGGACGACGGCACGGGCUGUGUGCAGGUGGACUUCGCCAAUGCCUUUGUGGGCGGCGGCACGCUCGGCUCGGGGUGCGCGCAGGAGGAGAUUCGUUUCGUCAUCUGCCCGGAGCUCAUCGUGGGAAUGCUUUUCCUGCCCGCCAUGGAGAACAACGAGACGAUUGAGAUCGUGGGGCCCGAGCGGUUCACUAGAUACACUGGCUACGCAGCAACGUUCAAGUUCGCCGGGGAUUUCAUCGACACAGCCCCUCGGGAUUCCCUAGGCCGCCGCCAGACGCGGAUAGUAGCCAUGGACGCGCUCUCCCACGCAGCAGACCGCCAAUUCCGCAGCUCCUAUCUCCUCAGGGAGACCAACAAGGCCUUCUGCGGGUUCCUAGACCAUGCCUCUGCCAGGGGUUUCGCCGGCGGGUCGAUUCUCGCGAGUAAUGACAGUAAUAGCCCGGUGUUUUUGGAUGGUGCUGCGCAAAUGUCACUGUCGAGGGAUUUUUUUAGUGGUGAGGGAGGGGUGGGGGGGUCUGUGUCGGGGUUUCGGAGGGGGGAGAGAGGGGGGAGUGGGAGUGAAGGGGAGGGGAGGGGGAGUGGAGGUGAGGAAGGGGGGAGGAGUUUGGGGGAAGGGCGUGGGGGAGAGGAGAGGGGAGCGGGGGGAGGGAACGAAGGGAUGAUUGUUGAUGGGGGCGGGGUGGCGCCGAGAAAGAGCGGAGGAGGGAGGGGGGGAGGGGGGGGGGGGGGAGGCGGGGGCGGGGGAGGGAGAGGAGGAAUAAGAAGGUACUUUGAGAGGAGUGGAGGGACGAGGAGAGGGCAGGGGGAGGGUGCAUCUGGGGGUUUAAUGGGGAAUAUGGGUACAGGGCGGGGGGAAGGAAGGCAGGGGAGUGGGGAAGGCAGUAAGGAGGGCAGUGGAGAAGGGGAAACAGGAGUGGUGAGGGGAGUGGAACUGAGAAGCGAAAUGGGGGAAUGCAGACAGGUGGUGAUAACAGAGGAAAGGGCAGCGGAAGUGACAAUAGCGAAGGGAACCCUGCAGACGCCGCCACAGCUCGCUGCCCGAGUGAAGCAGCGCCUCGGCCUGUGGGGUUGUGGUGGGCGGCCAUGGGGAGAGGAGGAGAUGGAGGUAGAGGGUGAGGCAACCCCAAUGGAGGAGGACUAUAUCGAGGACAAGCCAGUAGACGUUCAGAAGGCUAAUGACGACACAGAGAUGAAGGAGAAGGAAGUGAGGGCAGAGGGGGAGGACGCACAUGACAAGCAGGGUCAAUCCGCAAGCCAGGCUUCUGGAGAGUCACCACAGCUGGGCAGCGCCAAUAGGGCGUCUGAGCAGACACCGUCCCCAUCCCUGCCCUUCGUGCGGACUGAUGCUCUCAUGACAUCAGCAGGAGGGUUGAUGACAUCAGCAGGAGGGUUGAUGCCAUCAGCAGGCGUUGCUGUGCCUGCGGGGGCGGUUUGUUUCCCCUCCAUCUCCCCCCAGGGCACCGGCACUGGGACAGGGGGAACUGGCGCGGGCACAGGGGGAACUGGCGCGGGGACAGGGGGGAGGACGUGGGGAUCAGGGGCAGCCACUGGAGGGGGGAGUGGCGGCGCCAUAGGGGGAGGGACGGGGGAACUGGGGGAACAGGGGGAAGGGGAG